AUGAAGUUGUUUAAGGUGGAUAGGCCAGUUAUUCAUAGAGAUGUUAAGAGCAGUAACCUUUUGUUGGACCAGACUUGGAAGCCUAGGAUUGUUGAUUUUGGAUUGGCUAAGAUUGUUCAAACCAGUGGGGAUUGGACUCAUGUCAUUGUUGGGACACUUGGCUACAUUGCUCUAGAGUAUGCAUACACCUACAAAAUCAACGAGAAGAGAGAUGUUUAUAGCUUUGGAGUGGUGUUAAUGGAGUUGGUCAUAGGAAAGAGGCCAGUGGAGCCAGAGUUUGGAGAGAACAAGGACAUAGUUCAUUGGGUUUAUAAAAAAUUCAAGAGCCAAGAGAGUGUGACUGAUUUGGUGGACUCAAGCAUAUCAGAGGCUCAAAAAGAAGAUGCCCUUAAAGUGCUGAAAAUUGCAGUGCAUUGUACAUCACAGGUUCCAACUCUAAGGCUCUCCAUGAGAACGGUAGUUCAUAUGUUGGAAGAGGUCGAACCUUGCCAACUCACUUCCGUAAGUGUUGUUAAAGAAGGUGAAAAUGGCCAUGGCCAAUUGAACAAUGGCACCAAGAUGAUGUUAGAGAAGCCAAACUACUAAUCAGCUUUGGAUUUUUUUUUCUUCUCAGUUAGAGAGUUUGUAUGUACCAUUAUGCAACGGCUUAAACAAUAGGCUUCAUAGUCAU